AUGUGGGAUGCGAGGCUGGAGAGGAACCUCAUGAAUUUGUCACUUGUUGGGGGGACGUUUAUCCAGGCACCGGGACCUGAACGCGUCUCGCCCCUCUCUCCCCGCAGCGAGCCCCGCAUAGUGAGCCGGAUAUUUCAGUGCUGUGCCUGGAACGGAGGCGUCUUCUGGCUUAGUCUCUUCUUGUUCUACCGCGUAUUUAUCCCCGUCCUGCAGUCGGUGACGGCACAGAUCAUCGGCGACCCUUCCUUGCACGGUGACGUCUGGGCUUGGCUGGAGUUCAUCCUCACCUCCAUCUUCAGCGCCCUCUGGGUCCUGCCCCUCUUCGUCCUCAGUAAGGUGGUCAACGCCAUCUGGUUCCAGGACAUCGCGGAUCUGGCGUUCGAGGUGUCGGGCAGGAAACCUCACCCCUUCCCCAGCGUCAGCAAGAUCAUCGCUGACAUGUUAUUCAACCUCCUGCUGCAGGCCCUUUUCCUCAUCCAGGGGAUGAUCGUGAGCCUCUUCCCCAUUGACCUGGUGGGCCAGCUGGUCAGCCUCCUCCACAUGUCCCUGCUCUACUCCCUCUACUGCUUCGAGUACCGCUGGUUUAACAAAGGCAUCGAGAUGCACCAACGGUUGUCCAACAUCGAGAGGAACUGGCCCUACUACUUCGGCUUCGGCUUGCCGCUGGCUUUCCUCACGGCGAUGCAGUCCUCUUACAUCAUCAGCGGUUGCCUCUUCUCCAUCCUUUUCCCUCUCUUCAUCAUCAGCGCCAACGAAGCCAGGACCCCCAGCAAAACCUAGUGAGUUCCCUGCCUCCGCCGGGAGGUACCCUAAAC